UUCUCAGCUGCCCCAGACGGUUCCGUUCCGAGGAAGCCACUGGCAGAGUUCGCUGCUGGCGUUCAGGGCCUCCCUCCCCAUGAGAGCACAACCAAAGAAGAAGAAGAAAGUGGAUGUAAAGAGAGAGCAAGCGCAGAAGGAUCGUGUGAAAAAGAAGAUUAAAAAGUUGGAAAGAGCUGCCCCAGAAAUGAUUCCAAUAGAGGAUUUUGUAACACCACUGAAGUACUCAGACAGCAACAGGGUGCGAAGCCUUCCCCCUCUGUCAUUGGAGGAGACUGAAAGAAGAGUUUUACUUCUGAAAAAGUGGUCUUUGUUUAAGCAGAAGCAAGACGAGGCAGAAAAGAAAGCAAUUCAGACUCUUGUAGAAGCUCAGCAAGAGGCACUAAAGGAACUGCGCCUUGAAUCCGAGGAGUUGUAUCAGGCAGCAAUCAGACGAGAUGAGGGGCUUUUGCCUUUUGAGAGAGAUGGACCUAAUUACACCCCACCACUUCCUGAUUAUGAUCCUCCUGAAGGAAAAUGUGUUGAUAUCACCAAAGUGUACACGCAGUGA